GGCGGCGCUGGCGGGCGGUGCCCUGGCGCCCGGGCUCUGACUCCGGCUUGUCCCGAGGCUCGAGGCAGCUGCAUCCCUGCCCUCCUGCCUCGCCGGCAUCGGUGACUGCCUCGGGGGCACUUUGAUUCGAGCAGGGCAGCGCCCCCGGGACCGAGUGAGCUUCGCAGGACAACAUAGAAGAACAAAAUGGAAACGACGCUGUUUUGGUUGAUACUUUUCACCCUUGGGCGGACUCCCAUCGAUGGAUCUGAAAUGGAACGGGAUUUUAUGUGGCACUUGAGAAAAAUACCGCGGCUUGUCAGUGAAAGGACCUUCCAUCUCACCAGCCCCACCUUUGAAGCAGAUGCUAAGAUGGUGUUAAAUCAAGCGUGUGGCAUCGAAUGCCAGAAAGAACUCCCGGCUCCCAACCUUUCUGACCUGGAAGACUCUCUCUCAUAUGAGACUGUCUUUGAGAACGGCACCCGAACCUUGACCAGAGUGAAAGUUCAAGGUUGGGUCCCCGAGCCACAUGAAAAUCUCACUGCACAGGGAGCACCUGUGAGGAGAAGGAGACACGUGUACGGCACUGACAGCAGGUUCAGCAUCUUGGACAAGAGGUUCUUAACCAAUUUCCCUUUCAAUACGGCCGUGAAGCUCUCCACGGGCUGCAGUGGUAUCCUCGUCUCCCCCAACCACGUCCUAACAGCUGCCCAUUGUGUCCACGAUGGAAACGACUACAUCAAAGGCAGCAAAAAGCUAAGGGUAGGGUUGUUGAAGAUGAGAAAUAAAGGUAGUGGCAAGAAACACAGAGGUUCUAGGAGGAGCAGGAGGGAAGCAAGGGGUGGUGAUGGAAGAGAGGGUAGCAGAGAGAGUCUGAAGGAGAGAGCCAAGGCCGGAAGAAGGAGAAAGGAAUCAGCUCGGGGUCAGAGAGCUGCUGAUGGGAUGCCCUCCUUCCAGUGGACCCGGGUCAAGAACACCCACAUCCCCAAAGGCUGGGCUAGAGGAGGGAGGGGAGACGCGGCCUUGGAUUAUGACUACGCCCUUCUGGAGCUGAAGCGUGCUCACAAAAAGAAAUACAUGGAGCUGGGAAUCAGUCCCACCAUCAAGAAGCUGCCAGGCGGGAUGAUCCACUUCUCAGGAUUUGAUCACGACAGGGCAGAUCAGUUAGUCUACCGGUUUUGCAGUGUGUCCGAUGAAUCCAAUGAUCUUCUCUAUCAAUACUGCGAUGCCGAGUCGGGCUCCACUGGCUCUGGGGUCUAUCUGCGUCUGAAAGAUCCAGACAGAAAGAGAUGGAAACGCAAAAUCAUUGCGGUCUAUUCCGGCCACCAGUGGGUGGACAUAAACGGUGUUCAGAAGGACUACAACGUGGCCGUGCGCAUCACGCCCCUCAAGUACGCCCAGAUCUGCCUCUGGAUGCACGGGGAUGACGCCAGUUGCACCUACGGCUAACGGAUACCUGAAACGAGGUUGUGGAUGACCUACAUCGCAGAGAAAACUAGUUCUGAUUACUCGAGUAAAGAUGACUUCAUAGGUUUUGCUUGGACUUGAACCCUAUCAAUAGUAUUUCAACAUGUUUAUUUUUUCAAAAUUAGGAGCUUUUCAUACAUUUUAAAAAGGUGUAGGUACACAUCCUACAAUUAGAUGGACACUUCAAUGCCAAGUAUAUAUUCUUCUUUACAUGGUGAUGUUUCAUUGGUGGGAAAAUUUUUGUUUCUUUCUGCCUUGUUAAAGAUUAGACACUCUUUAAAAUUUCAAGCUGGUAUCAUAAAUAAUAUGUGAUUUCUCAAUGGACUAACUCUCAGGGUCCUACUCUAAGAAGAGGCUAAUAGGGUGCCGGUUGUGUAUUAAAUGUGAAACUGCAUAUACAGAGGGGGCAGUAACACGAGUAGAAUCAAGUUUGAGACAGUUAUAACACAGUUUGUACUACUCUGAGGUAGACCCAUUCAGCUCAUGCCCUCCAUGUUUAUAUUGUGUUUUCCAUUGGGUCUGAGAAACUUUAGGUUUUUUUUCUUUCUUUCUUUCUUUUUUUUUUAAGAAUUACAAUGAACAGCAAGCUUUAUAAACAAAACUAUUAACUGUUUUACUGCUUUAAAAAAAUACCAACUGAAGUGUUAUUAUUUAUGGGAGAACUACUUUGUUCUAUGAAAUAAAUCUAAUUUAAAAACAGGGAAACUGAGACAUUUUAAGAUCUCAAGUUUUUAUUUAACUAGUAUUCAAAACAUGGACUUUUCAAGUAUGCGUAGGAAGACAGUUCCAAAGUUAAUAAAUGAUCAGGUGUUGAAAGCCACAUCUUUUUAUACAGCUACACAGUCUCCUAUGAAUGAGGUGUUACAGUUUGAGACAAGGAAUUCUAUCGUCUUUUUUAAGAGAAAGCCUUUCUUCCCCUUGACAAAGUUCGCUUUUCUUAAUAGGGCCAUGGACAUAUUAUUUUGGUGAAUUCUCUGAUUAGCGAUUUUGGAUAUGUCCUUUUAACAAAAUGAGUAUAAUUUAUGAAUAUAAUUUUUAAAAGAAAGUUCUGAUCGUUUUCAUUAGGGACCAAGGCGGUGCACACACUCGGGCCAUCAUGGCAGCCUCAGCAGACAGAGUCCAGUGGCUGCCCUGGGGCAAAACACAGAGUAGACACUCAAUACAUAUUUCUUGAAUGAUCAGAUAUUUGCUGAAUGGUUGUACAAGCAGUUUAGUUCAGGCCAUUAUGUUUAAAGCGUUUUAGUGAUUUGUAAUUGAGUGCACUAUAAAAUUCAGGAGUUGCAGACCUUAUUUCUGGGCUGCUCUUCCUGGUAGUGUCUAGGGUACACACUCUUCUCUUGGGACACACCCAAGUCAUUGAUUCUGCUUGAGUUCCAAUUUAUUUUACUUGUUAUUAUUUUCCGUAAUAAGGGGAAGUUAUACCCUUGGCUAGUAUGCAAAGGAAUACAUGAUUAGAUUAUGUUAAAAAGUGAUUUUGUAAAUGGUGUUGAAAAUAGCUGAAAUUUAGCACAAGUUAUAUUCUUUUAUA